ACCGAGCGAAACGAAAAAUAAACAAGGGCGAUUUUUAAAAAAUACCCCUACACAACGCAAGCGUAAAGGGAACGGUCGGUCGAAUCAAAUAAACAAAGCAGUUCGGUGACAAUCGGUCUAACAAUGUUUUUUCUCGCCGGCGCGCUUAAAAAUCGAUCGAUCUCAUCUCCCCGAGUAACAAUCAACAAAACAAUAUAAUAGAUACAAAUAAAACGGAUCUGGCAUGACUGGUGCGAGCAAUGGAUCUCAGAACGCAAAAAUUAGAACAGCAACGCCAAAUCAUGGAGCAGAAAAUGAAACAGAAGCGGUUAACCUCAGGCAUGGUCCUGGCGUCCGACGUGAAGAACGCAUCGGCCAAGAGCCGAGAUAGUAGCAGCGCUCGUAGGGAACUCCACUGUUAUGACGGCCCGUUGCAAUACGCUAUGGGGAGAGACCAGAACCCAGAUCAGGUCAUAUCAGUCAUGUCCAGUGUGGAUAGUAUGGAUGGUACUAUUGUCGAAGAUUUGACUACCAAUAACCUGACUGUCGGGGAUCUGAUGGAUAUCGAGGAUGACGAGUCAUCGCCUGUAGCGUCGACCCCCAAUGGAAACAGUGGUGUUUCUAUAAAUCCAAUCAACGAGCAGCCUAAUUUUGGAAAUGGACAAUCACUUGGGGCGGGCGAGGUCGAGGGCGACCUGAUCGGCGGCGAUGUCGAACGUUUCGUGCUUGAGCCGGCGCCCCUUAAGUCACUGUUCAAGUGCCGCAUCACGCGGGACAGAAAGGGGGUCGACCGCGGUCUCUAUCCCACCUACUUUCUGCACCUGGAGCGCGAGUACGGCAGGAGGGCGUUCCUGCUGGCGGCGCGUAAGCGCAAAAAAAGCGCGACCAGCAACUACUUGAUCAGUACCGAUCCCACCGAUUUGUCCCGCAAGGGGCCUUCGUUUGUGGGCAAGCUGCGCAGCAACCUUUUGGGCACUCAGUUUUCAGCUUGGGACGCCGGCGUCGGGCCCAGAGUCGGUACGGAUCUGGAGCGGCGUCCUAGACAGGAACUCGCCGCCAUCAUUUACGACACGAACGUGUUGGGUUUCAAGGGGCCGCGAAAAAUGACGGUGCUGGUGCCGGGAAUGGCCGAAGGACGUCGCGUUCCUGUGUGCCCGCGGGAAAACUCCGAGACGAUGGUGGAACUGUGGCGGGCUGGCCGCGCAGAUCACCUCGUCGAAUUGCACAACAAGACGCCCGUAUGGAACGAUGACACGCAGUCGUACGUGUUGAAUUUUCACGGACGCGUUACCCAGGCGUCUGUCAAGAAUUUCCAAAUCGUACACGACAGCGACCCCGAGUACGUGGUGAUGCAGUUCGGCCGCGUCGCCGAAGACGUCUUCACCAUGGACUACAGGUAUCCGUUGUGCGCGCUCCAGGCCUUCGCCGUGGCGCUGAGCAGCUUCGACGGGAAACUGGCAUGCGAGUAAUACGCCCCCCGUGGUGACCCGCGGUAGUAAGCGCUUACCUCCCACGCCCCCGUCACGCCGUUCGAGAAUCUCGUAUUUGAUGAUAUUUGUAUACGUCUUUCUCUCUAUUUCUGCAGUAUUAUUUUUUUUUUAUCGAGGGGGGUUGUAGGUUUUUUAUUAUAUAUACACCAAGACGGAAGCCCUACUCAUUUAAUCAAAGGCUUUUCGAUGCAUUUUGAAUUGCCAUUGUUUUCAUUUUGAAAAUUUGACUAUAUCCGCGAUCGUCGCAAAAAGACACUCUCAAAAUUUUCACCAAAAAAUACGAUAUUGCGUAUUUUUUGCUAUAUUGAAGUGCAUUUUUCAUAUUUUUUUUUAUUUUUUUUUGUUUUAAAAUUUGACUACGCCACUGGAUCCAUAAUUUUUGCUAAAGGACACGUGUUACUUUUGAGAUACCCAGACAAUUAAAUAAGCGCCGUUUUACCAUAGUUUUAGGUAGUAUAGGGUGAGCAAAUUUGAGGUUAGGAAGUAAAUGGGUUUAAGAGUACACUUUUUGUCGACAAACUCUGACAUAUAUAAAGUAGAAAUGUAGCAGUUAAUAAUGAAAUAUGAUGUCCGGCAAACCUCCACCUCUAGCAUGUCGGCCUUUUUCGCAAAAUUUUGAACCAUAUUUUGCAAUAAAGCUUCCCUUAUCCGGCCAAUGCUUCAGUGAAUUUCUUCUUUCAGAGCGUCAGUUGUUUGUGGUUUGUUCACGUAAAUUCGGUUUUUCAAAUGGCACUCGAAAAAGUACGUCAUUGGUAUCAAAUCACAUCAUCAACCUCCGUGCAGUCAGUUUCUUUGGAUGUAAGUUGAAGUUGAACUGUUGAACGUUAUAAGCGUGAAGUAGCGGAUGAUGAUGGCCAAUUGUUGCGAACUUCGAGGAGUUGAUGUUUCAGGCUUGAUUAUGAGGAGAGCUGCCCGAAUUUUACGAAGUGACAGUAAAAUUUUCACCAUUUUGAUAGUAAAUUUUCACAGCCCGUUUACUUUCUAACCUCAAAUUUGUCCAUCUCAUAUUUUUUCGAAACUUUCACCACGAUCGGGGUGCUUGGAUGCCCAACAAAAGAAAAACAAUUCGGAAAACGCGGAUUUUAGGGGUACCGUCUUGUCGUGUCGUAUACCUUUUCGUUGGGAGCAAAAAAUCUCGAAAACGAAAAUGGGCGGCCCAUCCUAUUGGGAUUUCAAGGUAAGCGUUAUGCCACCUAGUGGUCAAAUGUUAAACCAUUCGCUAGUACAUUAUAGGUAUUGAUUUAUUAUGAUUUUGGUGGACGUUUUGUGACUGUUGGGCUUUAAUCUAAUUUUUGCUUGCAAAGAAGUAUGGUUUGUUGUUUUUAAGUGGUGGAGGGCAAUUCCUAAUAUUUUUGACGUAUUUUGUUUUGAUGUCAUCCACAGCUGUUGUGUAUCUAAAUAUCACACAUACAGCAGGUGACCAAACAGUUUAUAUGGAAACCAAACCUGGACAAAAAUUCAUCAAAAUCAUUGUCCCAAUAUUUAAUAACAAAUUACUUCAUACUUUUAUGACUCGAUACCUAGUGAAAAGUAAAAGAAUUGCGGAAAUAUUUUUUUUAAUAAGACCCUUUUUAUUUUUAUUUAUUAUUAUUAACAAUUUAAUAUAAUUUUUAGUACCUUAAAUUAACCGAUGUCACAAAAACAAAACUUAACUGUCCUUUCUUAUUUCUCCGUUUUUUUUUUUCUUUCUUUUACACCGCCCAUUAACAACUACUGAGCCUAUAUUUCAGUGUACUACACAAUGGUUCAAACGACCACCGUUGUCGCGCUGCGACCUUAAUUUGAAAUCCUAAUUUAUUAAAUGGUCAUGUGUUGCAUUAAUUUUUCGCGCCGACAAAAAGGUUUACAUUUUUGACAUAUUUUAUAACGCCCGGGAAUCAUGGGAAAAAGUCCGGAGCCUCCUGCGGACUUCUCCUCCCCUUCUGUGUGUAGACGCGCACACGUUAGUUUUUAUCGUGCGCACUAUUGGUCAUAUCGUAUGUUGGGUCGAAUUGAUCGGCAGCCUUAUAUAAUUUGCCUUGUACCGCAAUCGAAUUGACCGUGCGGAGGCCGUCGAAUCGAUUGGUGUAUGGUAGUUUUCGUAUCGAUGUUUCACGAAUCGAGGCCGAACAACAUCGAUGGCGGAUAGACAUUUCGGAGCGAACAUUCGAAUUGAAAUUUGCACACAGGGUGUAUAAAAGAUUUUACUGUAUUAGCGUAUUUAUUGUAAGCAUUGUAACGAAAAAAAAAAGUGUGUUUUCCGUUCCUAUUUCUGACUGCGCCGUCCGCGCACCUUAGAAAUUAAGUAAAUUGUACGGCGAACAAUAGGGUUUCUGAAAAUUAUAAAGUAUUGUCGGAAAGACUCCAAUUUUGCCUUGUUGACCUAUCAUCGACAUUUUUCGGGUCGAGGGGACUUUGUUUACUAUGAUCAUUUACCUAUUUUUGUACAAAUAAAAUAAUGUAAUAUGU